CUCCCGAAGCGAUAAGCCCAGCGAGCAAAGAGACUCACGCGCUCGUUUCUCCUAGGAAGAGACUCCAGAGCUCAGGAGCAUGGCCACGCGAUUCUUGUGGCGCACGGGAAAGAAGCUCGCGGUGGUCUCCGCUGCAGUGUGCGUCGGCGGCGCCGCGGCCACUGUCGCCACCUCGGACGAUCCGGAAACGGCGCUGAAGCUCUUCACCGCCGUCCCUCUCCGCCUUGCUCGCGGCUCCGUCACUGCCGCCUCCAUCGUCUUCGAUUAUGAAUAUGCAUUGUGGGGACUACCUGAAGGAAGUAUUGAGAGGGCAAAAGUUAAGCACGAAGUUCACCUAAGGUCUGCGCGUAAGCUUCAAGAACUGUGUUUCAGAAAUGGAGGAAUAUAUAUUAAGCUUGGUCAACAUAUUGGGCAGCUGGAAUACUUGGUACCUCAGGAGUAUGUCCAGACAAUGAGGGAGUCUAUGUUGAAUAGAUGUCCGGUUUCUUCAUAUGAUCAAGUAUGCCGAGUGUUCCAGAAAGAGCUUGGAGAGACACCGGAUAAAAUAUUCUCCGAAUUUGAUCCUGCUCCAAUAGCAAGCGCUUCCCUUGCACAAGUUCAUGUUGCUCUCACGCAUGAUGGCCAGAAAGUUGCUGUGAAGGUUCAGCACACUCACAUGACCGAUACUGCGGCUGCAGAUCAUGCCACUGUGGAUUUUGUUGUGACCACCUUACAUAGGUUUUUUCCUUCUUUUGAUUACAGGUGGUUGCUUGAUGAAAUGAGCGAAAGUUUACCGAAGGAACUGAAUUUUUUGGUUGAGGCGAAGAACAGCGAGAAAUGCUUGGAUAACUUUCAGAAGCUAUCUCCUCAUAUUGCGGACUAUGUAUAUGUUCCAAAGGUGUAUUGGAAUUUAAGUACCUCAAAGUUGUUAACCAUGGAAUUUAUGGAUGGUCCACAAGUAAAUGAUGUGAAGACCAUUCAAAAACUUGGAAUUCAACCAAAUGAAGUUGCAAAAUUAGUUAGUCAAGCUUUUGCUGAGAUGAUGUUCAAACAUGGGUUUGUCCAUUGUGAUCCCCAUGCUGCCAACUUGCUAGUUCGCCCUUUGCCUUCAAGUAAAAGCAGUAUUCUAGGCAAGAAAAAACCACAGUUGAUUAUUCUAGACCAUGGAUUGUAUAAAGAGCUCGACUUUCAUACAAGAACCAAUUAUGCGGCACUUUGGAAGGCACUAAUAUUUGCUGAUGCUAACGCAAUAAAGGAAAAUAGUGUAAAAUUGGGUGCUGGGGAGGAUCUAUAUGCACUAUUUGCAGGAAUUCUUACUAUGAGGCCAUGGAAUAGGGUUGUUGACUCGUCGGUUGAUCAUUUGGUCGUACAAGGCACUGAUAGUGACCGUUCAGAGCUACAGAUGUAUGCUUCUCAGUAUUUCUCUCAAAUCUCAGAACUUCUGAGGAGACUGCCGCGUGUAAUUCUGUUGAUGCUGAAGACAAAUGAUUGUUUACGAACAGUUAACAAUUCUCUGUUGCAGGGGUCGUCUCCACAUACAUUCCUCAUCAUUGGAAAGGUCUCAUCUGAGGCACUCAUUGAGGCAAGAUUGUUACAACAGAAAUCUCUGUUACGUUGGCUGAGUGUUUGGUUGGACGAAAUCUUGUUGGAAGCUCGACUCUUUGGAAUGCGGAUAGCCUUGUGGCUUUUACAACUCAGGAAGGCUUUGUGUUAAUGAAACCAAAGAUGGCAAAAACUCUUCUUUUUUUUUUUUUUUAAAAAAAGGACCCAGAUAUUCUUUUUCUUUAAAUCCCCUCCACCCCAAAAUAGGCUCACAUAUUCUUUGUCUCCGUGGUCAAAUCUCAAGCAUCCACUUACUGGGCUCUUGAUUGCGGAUUGACGGAUUGAAUUUUUUAUAGAGAAAAAAGAAGGACCAAAUAAACAUUUUUUUUUUCUUGGGCACAAAUUAUAUUUCAAUCCCAUCAAUGGGGCGAGUGAUAGAUUGUAAGGAGUACGAUAUUUACAAAGGAAAUGGAAUAAUUCAUGUAUUUGUGUUA